CUAUCCGAAAAAAUUCACAAAAAGUAUUUCUACCGCUUGGAAAUAUUCUUAUCGUAUCCACAGGUUUUAGGGCGGCAUGGCGAUGGCAGUGGGAGUGUUGCGGCUCGCAAGCCCAGUGCUGCCCCAGCAGCAGUCGAUAGCCGUGGUGCCCAUGGCUCACACUGGCCGGAAAACCAGGAAGGGCGCCAAGAUAAUGAAGUCGAUCUACUCGCCUGCGGGGUUUAACAUCCGGCGCAUCCGACUGCGAAAGAAAUGGAGCGAAAAUCCCCCUCCCACCGACGCCCCCGCGUCGUCGAAAUCGCCCAGGCCUUCGCCCAAGUCCGCCCGAGCCAGCCCAGACAAAUCAGCAGAGACAGCAGUCGCGACCCCGGAAGCAAGCCCAGAAGCGGCAGAGGCAACGACUGCAACUGCAUCGAGCGAGGCUUAGCCAUUCCCUUGUUUUUAGGGUUCUUCGCGAGAACCGUCCAUCAAUUCGUAAAAACAAAAAAUCUCUAUCCACAUGAGAGCAGUAGUUGGGCUCUACUCUGAGAUCGAACGCUCCAGCGGAUGAUAGGGCCGUGGAAUACAAAGUUCCCCUCCACCGACACUGCCAGCCUUGAAUUUCAGAGGCUCAAUCUCUCUCUUAGUAGCUUCAUCCAGUAAAGGAAUUGCCUCUUGAAGCCUCCUAUUUUCCAUUGAACCACUCCAAAGUUAUAAAUGUUGUUCUUGUG